AUGCAUCGGGUGCAGAAGACCAAUGGACUCUUAAAGAGAAUCGAAAUGCUUUUUCAAGAAUCUUGUAAGUUCCGACCCCGGAUACUUAUUGAUGUGAGCAAAAUAGAUUUGACCACAACGGUUUUGGGCUUCAAGAUUUCAAUGCCCAUCAUGAUCGCACCUACGGCUAUGCAGAAAAUGGCUCACCCUGAUGGAGAGUAUGCAACAGCAAGAGCAGCGGCAGCUGCUGGAACGAUCAUGACAUUGUCCUCAUGGGGUACUUCCAGUGUCGAGGAGGUUGCUUCAACUGGUCCUGGUGUUCGUUUCUUUCAACUCUAUGUGUAUAAAGACAGGAACAUCGUUACUCAUCUGGUAAAACGAGCUGAAAAGGCUGGUUUCAAGGCUAUUGUCCUUACUGUCGAUACUCCAAGACUUGGCCGAAGGGAGUCUGAUAUCAAGAACAGAUUUGCUCUGCCACAAAAUCUGACGUUGAAGAACUUCGACGGAUUAAAUCUUGGCAAGCUAGAUAAGACAGAUGACUCUGGAUUAGCUUCAUAUGUUGCUGGCCAAGUAGACCGGUCUCUUAAUUGGAAGGACGUCAAGUGGCUGCAAUCGAUAACCCCGUUACCUAUUCUAGUGAAGGGUGUCUUAACUGCCGAGGAUGCAAGGAUCGCAGUGCAAUCCGGAGUAGCAGGAAUUAUCGUGUCAAACCAUGGGGCUCGACAACUUGAUUAUGUCCCUGCAACUAUUGUGGCUUUAGAAGAGGUCGUGCAAGCCACUCAACACAGAGUUCCGGUAUUUCUUGACGGUGGCGUGCGGCGUGGGACAGAUGUCUUCAAAGCAUUGGCUCUUGGAGCAUCCGGCGUAUUUAUUGGUCGACCAGUGGUGUACGCGUUGGCGGUAGACGGUGAGGCGGGUAUCAGGAAGACUCUUCAAAUGUUGCAUGAUGAACUUGAGCUCACGCUGGCGUUAAGUGGGUGUCGUUCCCUAGCGGAGAUAACCCGCAACCAUAUCACGGCACCAUGGGACCCGCCUCGUGUCGCUUCUAAGCUGUAGGAUGCAUAUUUAUAUGGAAGUUUACGGUUAGAAAGGUUAUGGUUUGCGAGGUAGCUUAUGUUCGAUGUUGUAUGAACUAGCGUCUUUCGAUUCAUUUAUGAAUAAAAAUUGGCUCAAUCAAGUCAAGUCUACUUUUCUCGAAAGAUCCGAUGUUUGUUUCUUA